UUGUUGCUACGGGUGACUGUGAGAGAUUACGUGCGCCAUGCUGCAUUUUGCGUAGAACGCCAACAUUUUGUUGCGUUUGAACUGUUCUCUAAGACAUUAGAAGUAACGUCGUUAAUGUAAUUAUUGAAACCGGUCGUCGUAUGUGUUUUGUCUUACGAAAACGCUCAUUUUCUUCGCAGCUAGUUGUGUCGUGCUAGCUUAGCGAGCAAAUAGCUGCUAAAAUUCCACGUCUGCGGCUUUGAAAAGAGAGGCAUAAAUGAGAACGUCGGACUCAGUUGCUAUUUUUAGAAAUUUGCUUUUGUGCAUAUUCCGCAGCUUUCUGUGGUCGUCUUUUCGAGUGAUUGGCGAACUGUCAGUGCCAGUACCGCCUUGCUCUUUUGCUAAAUAAGUUAAUAUUGGUUACGAUUUGCACCGACCAGCCGCGCUAUUAAUGAAUACUUAUAUCACUUGUACGUGCGUAUUACAUGUAUAUUACAUGUCCUGCGUUUGAAAUCCCAAUUAAAUACACGUCAGACAACACAAAUAUUAAACAACAAUCAGUACGGUGUAGUACAGUUGAACCACAGUACUAACCAUGUUGUUCAAUAAAUACUGGUCUGAAAUUAUUCAUCAUCAUUGAAUAUUAUUACCUAUACCGUGCACCUCUUGCAUUGGAUGUGAUAUUGUGCAAGGGGCUAUAAAGUUGUGGCUACUCAGUGGAGAGUUUUAUUUUUCACACUAGAUUUAAAGAGACCUUAAGGAUACCAUGUUCAUCUACCUCAGCAAGAAGAUUGCGAUCCCCAACGGUAUUCACUUGAAAUGUGUCUCUUGGAACAAAGAUCAGGGCUUCAUUGCCUGUGGAGGAGAUGACGGCCUCUUAAAAGUGCUCAAACUUGAAACUCAGACAGAUGACACCAAACUUAAAGGACUUGCCGCACCCAGUAACUUGUCAAUGAACCAGACAUUGGGGGGGCACAGCGGUGCCGUACAAGUAGUUACAUGGAACGAACAGUAUGAAAAACUAACAACCAGCGACCAGAAUGGACUCAUCAUUGUAUGGAUGCUCUACAAAGGUGCAUGGUAUGAAGAAAUGAUCAAUAAUCGGAAUAAGUCAGUGGUGAGGAGCAUGAGUUGGAAUGCCGAUGGUCAAAAGAUCUGCAUUGUGUAUGAAGAUGGGGCAGUCAUUGUUGGAUCUGUAGAUGGAAACCGGAUUUGGGGAAAGGAGCUGAAGGGAAAUCAGCUUGCACAUGUGGCAUGGUCUCCAGACAGCAAGGUCCUGCUCUUCGGCAUGGCCAACGGGGAAGUGCAAAUCUUUGAUAACCACGGCAAUUUCAUAAUGAAAUUGGCCAUCAGCUGCCUGACUAACGUAACAGGAGCCGUCAGGAUAGCAGGUAUCCACUGGUACACAGGAACAGGCGGCUACGUCGAACCCGACUGCCCGUGUCUCGCUAUCUGUUUUCAAAAUGGACGAUGUCAGAUUAUGCGCUAUGAGACUGAUGAAAACCCACUAUGUAUUGACACCAUGAUGAAUGUGGUCAGUAUUCAGUGGAACCAUUGUGGUAGUGUGCUGGCAGUGGCUGGUUCCCUCAGAGCUUUGAACUCAGACGUAGAAAUCAACGUGGUGCAGUUUUAUACACCUUUCGGAGAGCACCUGCGAACCUUGAAAGUGCCGGGGAAAGAAAUGACAGGAGUCGCCUGGGAAGGCGGAGGCCUGCGGAUCAGCCUGGCUGUCGAUUCCUACAUCUAUUUUGCUAAUAUCAGACCAGAUUACAAGUGGGGAUACUGUUGCAGCACAGUUGUGUAUGCCUUCACAAAGCCAGAGCGCCAAGAUUACUGCGUCAUCUUCUGGGACACCAAAAACAAUGAAAAGUUUGUUAAGUAUGUCAAGAGCCUAAUGUCCAUCACCACAUCAGGGGACUUCUGCACCCUGGCUAGCAAGGCCGAUGACACCCAACCGCAGGGAAACGCUGAGUCAGAGGCUGGGAGUCAUGCGAAGUACGUCCUGAUUCUGUGCAACUCAAUCGGGACUCCACUGGACUCCAAGUACAUCGACAUAUGUCCCUUGUUUGUCACCAUGACUAGGACACAUGUGAUAGCUGCAUCCAAAGAGGCUUUGUACUUGUGGCAGUACAGAGUGGCGAAUAAAUUGACUGCCUUGGAGAUCAACCAAGUAACCAGAACUAAGAAAGAGGGAAGGGAAAGGGUAUAUCACAUUGACAGCAGUCCGACUGGCGUCAAUGACAAUGGAGAAGACUUUGCCAAAGCUUUCACAGCAACAAGAGAUCCUAUCUGUUCUAUCACAGCAACAGAUAAUACACUGAUUGUGGGCCGCGAGUCGGGUAUAAUCCACAGAUAUAGCCUGCCAAAUGUCAUUCUCAUCCAGAAAUACCAGAUGAACCGAGCCCAUCAUCUCUCUUUAAACUGCAACUCCAGUCGGCUGGCCGUUAUCGACAUCUCAGGCGUGCUAACUUUGCUGGACGUGGAGGCUCACGCGCCGUCGGGUGAUGCCGCGGGCAGUCAGGUGUCAUUAGGCAGUCCAUCUAAACUUGAGCGCAAGGAUGUUUGGGACAUGAAGUGGGCAAAGGACAAUCCUGAUCUGUUUGCCAUGAUGGAAAAGACCAGGAUGUACGUCUUCAGGAACCUAGACCCGGAGGAACCCAUCCAAACAUCAGGAUAUAUCUGCAGCUUUGAGGACCUUGAAAUCAAAUCUGUCCUACUGGAUGAAAUCAUGAAGGACCCAGAGAAGCCGAAUAAAGACAACCUCAUCAACUUCGAAAUCCGUUCUUUGAGAGACAGCCGUGCUCUCAUUGAAAAGGUGGGAAUUGCAGAUGCUUCACAGUUCAUUGAGGAUAAUCCACACCCAAGACUCUGGCGUCUGCUCGCCGAGGCCGCCCUCCAACAGUUGGACUUGAAGACCGCUGAGCAGGCAUUUGUCCGCUGCAAAGACAACCAGGGCAUCGAGUUUGUCAAGCGCCUGGGGAACCUGCAGAGUGAGCCCAUGAAACAGGCAGAGGUGGCAGCUUACUUCAGUAGGUUUGAGGAAGCUGAGCGCAUGUAUUUGGACAUGGACCGCAGGGACCUCGCCAUUAGCCUUCGAAUGAAAUUGGGAGACUGGUUCCGGGUGCUCCAGCUGCUGAAAACUGGCUCUGGGGACUGUGAUGAUGCUCUCCUGGAGCAAGCCUACAAUGCAAUCGGAGACUACUUUGCUGACAGACAGAAGUGGGUCAACGCAGUGCAGUACUACCUUCAAGGUCGCCAUCAAGAGAAGUUGGCAGAAUGCUACUACAUGUUGGAGGACUACGACAACCUUGAGAAGCUGACCAAUUCACUCCCAGAAAAUCACAAACUUCUGCCAGAUAUUGGCCAGAUGUUUACAACCGUGGGCAUGUGCGAACAGGCCGUGAACGCCUACCUUAAAUGCAACCAGGCCAAAGCUGCCGUCGACUCCUGUGUCCAUCUGAACCAGUGGAACAAAGCAGUGGAACUCGCCAGAACCCACAACAUGAAGGAGAUUAAACCUCUUCUGUCCAAAUAUGCUUCACAUCUCCUUGAGAAGAACAAAAUACUGGAGGCGGUGGAAUUGUAUCAGAAGGCUCAUCAUUUUCUGGAUGCAGCCAAACUCAUGUUUAAGAUAGCAGAUGAGGAGGCCAAGAAAAGGGCUCGCCCGCUGCGGGUGAAGAAGCUGUAUGUAUUGGCUGCUCGGCUGGUAGAAAACCAUCACGAGCAGAAGAAGACGCUGCAACAGACUAAAGCGAAAGGGAAGAAGUCAGAGGCAACAUUUGCACUGGCUGGACUCCUCGAGGAAGACACGACCUCUUCGGGCAAUCGCAUUUUGGAGAACGCGUGGCGAGGAGCGGAGGCGUAUCACUUCUUCCUGCUCGCUCAAAGGCAUCUGUAUGAAGGCUACACGGAGAAUGCCAUGCACACAGCCCUCCAUCUCCGCGAAUAUGAAGACAUCAUUCCUGCGGUGGAGAUCUACUCUCUCCUUGCCGUCUGCUCGUCGGCCAGCCGGGCCUUCGGCACGUGCUCGCAGGCCUUCAUCAAGCUGGAGGCCCUGGAGAGCGUUGACCCCGAGCAGCGGUUGCUCUAUGAGGACUUGGCCUUGGAGAUCUUCACCAAGCACGCGCCAAAAGACAGCCGCGUGCUGCAGCUCAAUGCUGCAUCUGAAGGGACGGCAGAAAAGUUACCCACCUGCAUAGUGAGCGGUCUGCCAAUCCGCGACUACCACUUGUGGAUGUGCAAUGUUUGCAAGCACUGCGCUCAAAGCAAUGAGAUUAGCAAAUAUAACUACUGUCCACUUUGUCACAGUAGUGUGGGCUGAAGCGGACCAAAUAUUCACCCCGAUGAUGGCGCCCCCUGAGUGGCUGCCUCUCCAGCAGCUCAUAUCCCUGUUUGAGUUUCUUUUCGUCCUUUUACUUUAUUUAUUACUUCUUAUGUUUGUUGUUUUUUUUUUCUCUUUCUCCUUUCUUCUUUCUACAUACAUUCUUGCUGCUGGAGGCUGUAAAUUUCCCCAUUGUGGGACGAAUAAAGGAUAUCUUAAAUUAUAUUUUUGUAUUACAUGCAUUCACAUUUCCAGUGUGCAGGCAAAAGAGCAAAGAACUGUGUCACUCAGCAAAGAGUGAGUUGUAACAUAUUUUACAAGUCAUUGACAUCUAUAUUUCCUAAUGAGUAUGUUUGCAGGUAUAGUGUGUAAUUGAUAUUAAAAGGAAAAAUAUGAUGCAAGAGA